AUGGACAAGAUAUCAAUAGAUCACCAGAUCCGUGGUACAAAUCUUCUUCGCCAUAUGGAGACCAACGAAAUUGUUCUCAUUCCAGCGCCGUCAGACGACCCAAGAGACCCUCUUCACUGGCCUCAAUGGUUCAAGGCCUACAUCGCCAUCCUAGUUUGCUUCGCCCAGUUCUUCGGCAAUUUUGUGCUUGGUGGACCAUCUAUCGCCAUCGUGCUCCAGGCUGAGCAGUUCGGCGAUCAUAUCCCCAAGCAUCUUGCGCACUGGAUCGGCCAGGCGUCAUACUUCAUUACAGUGUCAUCACUUCUAGCAGGCUUGGCGAACAUUUUCUGGGUUCCCAUCAUGACCAAGUACGGCCGCCGCCCAGUUUAUGUGUUCAGCCUAGUUCUAGUCUGUGCGUCCAGCGUGUGGUGCGGCUGUGCAAAGGCCUAUGGAGUAGAGCUUGCUGGAAGAGCUAUAUUAGGAUUCGCUCUUGGUGCAGUAGAAUGUGUUGCUCCUUGCACCUUGGCCGACAUCUUCUUCCUGCACGAACGAGGAUUCUGGAUAAGUAUAUACUUCGCAGCGGUUAGUAUGGGCAUCUCUGCCGGUGUUGCCCUCAGUGGCCUGAUCACCAUUGGCCUUCCCUGGCCAUACAUCUACUGGAUAUUCUUGGCAUUCAACGGGUUUAUCACGAUCCUUGUCGCCUGUACAUUCCCCGAAACCUUUUUCCAUCGCUCCGCACCAUCGUCUUCGGCGACACAAAUCGUCGCAAUAGAGGCCGUGUCAGAUGGCGCAAAGCAGAUCACACCGGCCAUCGACAAUCCAGAAAUCACGGAAACAGCUGCACCGUCACAGAAGGUGUCCCCACUAAGUGAUCUAAGAAUUUUCCAUGGUCCCAGAACCAGUGAGAGUCUUUUCAAAAUCUUUUGUCGUCCUCUGCUACUCGUUGUCAUCCCAAGCGUGUUAUGGUACAUAGCAGUGAUGGCCGUCAAUAUUGGAGGGCUUAUCAUACUCACCACUACCGCGCCCGCAGCGUUCCCGGAGUACUACAGUUUCGUCACUUGGCAAGCUGGACUAACUUUCUUAGCCGCCGUGAUUGGUGGAUUUUUGGGUGUGGCGGGCGGUGGAUACUUCCAGGACAAAUUCGCCGAUUAUCUCACUAGGCGCAACCGUGGCAUUCGAGAAGCCGAAUUCAUACUGCCAGCUAUGGUCAUUCCCACAGUCACUGGUGUGCUCGCUCUCGUUCUCUACGGAGCUGGCAUUCAACAGCGGUGGCAUUGGAUUAUCCCCACCAUUGGUAUCGGACUGCAGUCAUUCGCCCUUGUAUGCUGCUCUGGUAUCUCGAUGGUGUAUUGCAUCGAGUCAUAUCGACCCAUCGCGGGAGAGAUUGUUGUCUGUGGCCUCAGCUACAAAGCCUGUUUGGCAUUCUUACUUUCUUUUUAUGUGAAUCCCUGGCUCGCGAAGGACGGAUAUCAAACAACCAUGGGAAUCAUCGCGGCUCUGCUAGGAUUUGUUCAGUCACUUGCUCUCGUCUUUUAUUUCUGCGGCAAAACACUUCGCAAAGCAACGGAAAAUUGGAGAGUACUUAGGUUUAUCGCCUGGCCUGCUGAUCGCGAAGUAGGUGAAUGA